AUGCAGCUUUCAAUUUUCGUCAAGGUCGCCCUCGUCGCUGCUGCGGCUGUGAACGCCAACGUUAUCCCUCUGUCUUUACCACCUCGUCAUGCUUAUCGCUUUUUUGUUUGGAAAAAAUCUAGGGACAUCGUGGAAGCCGAGGAGAGACUGUCGAGAGUACCAUCCCAGCCUUUGCAUGGUAUCUGCGAAGCGACUUUCGUGUUUGAACGUGUUCCUUACACCUUCUAUAGGGCAUUGCUGGACGGCGCCACUACACUCGAGCUGGACAAUGGCAUCACCAAGGACGGUGUACCAGUCGUCUGGCAUGACGAAGAGAUUAGCGCUGAGAAGUGCAGGGACACGGCACCGGCGCUUACCUAUGCCGGCGCCAAAAUCCCCACAUUGACUGAAGUCUUUGACUUCGCCCGAUGUGUCGACUUUGAACGCCGUCUCAAAUUUAAUGUUGAAUCUAAGAUCAAUCCCGUCUUCCAAUCGAACACCAAGAGUGUCGACGAAUUCGUGAACGCUCAGUACCGCGAGUUCUGGCGCAGUGGCUACCCUCUCGCACAGAUCACCUACCAAAGCUUCGACUGGCGAACACUUGUCGCUAUGAAGGCUCUUAACUCCAAGAUGCCUACUGCUGCUUUGGCCGAUCCUCAAACUACUACUCCCUAUAACGGAGCCUAUCCAUUCCUUGCCGGACUUAACUUAGACAACUUCCCAGGAGACAAUCUGGGCACCAAGGUCGCUAACGCUGCGAAACACAUCAAGGCAGAUGUUCUGUCCCCAAAUGCUGGUACAUUGGGCAACAUGUAUACUACGAAGGAGAUGGUGAAUGCUGCUCACCGACUUGGCAUGACGGUUGUUCCCUGGACUGUCAACGAUCUGAGCGUAGCAGACGCUCUCCUCGACAUGGGUGUGGACGGAAUUAUCACCGACUUCCCUAGCAAUAUGCGCCGAUUCGUCUCGCAGAAGGGUCGCUCUGUUGCACCUCUGUUUAAUGAAUGGUGGGUCAACGAGUGCCUCAAGCGCCAUAACAAGUAG